UUUGUUUGUGUGUGCUAAAUUCACCAUUGUUGCGCCAUUAUUUUCUCUCUCUACUUCACCACUCUUCUUGAGAAAUUCGGCUGAAAAUGGUGAUGUUACUGUUGCAGAACGAUCAUUUACGUUUCUAGGGUUUCGUUUUCGCUCGAUCGUAAUGAUUCCUUUGUUUUUCAUUCUGAGCAUCAGCCGUAGUAGCAGCUGCAAUUGCUGUUGUCUUCGACAUCGACGGUUAAGUUCGUAGUCGCAGGCUUUGGUUCCUUGACAAGUGUAUUUUUCGAGGUUAUGUUACGGAUUUUGAGUAGAUGGCAAAAUCUUCAAUUGGUAACAAAAAGGGAAUCGGAAUCGUUGUUGCCGGAGACAAAGCUACCGGUAAAUCAAGUUAAUUUUGCUGCCAAAUCUUUGCUCCAUUGUUGGUCUAAGAUAUGAGUAGCUGUUAGACCUCCAAAGGAAACUGAAGAGUAUUGUUGAUUUGAUUAAGGAAGCCAAAGGAGAUGCAACUAAGGAAUCCAUUAAAUUAAACAUCGAAGAAUUCAGAUCAGCUCUCUCACAAGCUGACUCUCAGAUGAAGAACCUUCCGGCAACUGCCCAGGUUGCUGCCCAGCAAGGUACUUAUCUAGCUGACUGUUUUAAUCGUAUGGAAGAGUGUGAAAAGAACCCUGAAGGCCCUAUCAGAAUCAGAGGAGAAGGUCAACAUCGGUUUAAACCUUUCAGGCAUCGGCAUUUUGGUCAAUUUGCUCCACUGGGAGCUGCAGCUCAGCUUCCUGGAGAUUGGGUGUCCAUUGGACACAGCACUCGGUGGUUGUGGUACUCCGUUUACGCCAGUAAUUCCCAGACAUUUCCAAGGUUGGAAAUUCCAAGCUUUUUCAGAAAGUUCUUCAUCUCCAAUUCUCAGCUUGAGGAAUCCUUCAGCAAUGUGGGUCCCAUUCUUUGCUGUUUUAUGGACACCAAGAAAGACAUGAAUUUGAGGCACUUGGAGCGUGUAUUAGCAAGGGAGGAGGAAGUUAAGGAAAGAGCUAUUGUGCAUUAAGCAAUCUAUUCUGGCCCACCAAUGCGGUUAUCAUCCAGUAAUGGCAAGUUUUUCCUUCUCUUAUAGCAAUGCUUACUGGUCCCCUUUGAACAUUUUACUCAUGUUGCUGGUGUACAUACCGCCAAGUAUGAGGCUGCAGAAGAGCUCAAUCAUGUCUAGGAGAUCAUUAAGUGGGGGACUGAUUACUUUCUCAAGACCUUUAAUAAAUUAGCUGAUUCAAUCAGUAUGCUUGUGUCACAGGUUGGGUCAGGUAAUACCUCUGGUGGGAGCACAACUCCUAAUGAUCAUUACUGCUGUGUAGUGGUUACUCAGACCUUGCUGUUGAGAUGGCUGCUGCUUUGGCUUUAGCUUCUAUUGUUUUCAAGGAUAAUAAGGCAUACUCUCGGAAACUUGUGCAUGGUUGCUAAAACACUAUACAAGUUUGCAAGAGACCAAAGAGGCAGAUAUGGUGAAGGCAAUGAAGCUGGUAAUAUUGGAUGAUACACGUGGUUUUCGGAGAAAGAAUCAGUCAAAAUCUAAGGACCAGAGAUCUGAAAGCUCUGUUUUCCAGGAAUUUAAGAACUGAUAACAGGGUAAAAGGGUCCUUAAAUGUGGGAUUGCUUUCUCUGUUCUGACCUCAGAAUUUAAUCAAAGUGUUAAAGAAUUGAAAUUGAGCCAGCUUUUUUUGAAAGUCCAAAAGCAGACCCCAAAAAUGUAGCUGCAAUUUUACUAGGUGGAGGUGCUAGGACUCGCCUCUUUCCUCUUAUUGGCAGGAGAGUAAGCCGACGGUAUGAUCUUGUAGAAAGUUUGAAACUUUGCUCAUAUCUGAUCUUUUGUUACAAUGGGUAUAGUGCUCAAUUAAAAUGUAAAAAUUUUGUAGUAUGAUGUAGAAAGUUUGAAACUUUUUCUCAUUUAGACCUUUUGUUAUAAUAUUCAAGUCAAAUGUUAUAUGAAUGUUCAAAACGCUAAUCAAAAUAAACAUGUAAAUUGGUAAUAUGUGAGUAUAUUUGAAUUGGUGGACUUAAGUUGGUGAAAUGGUAUACAAUCUCUUUUUUUCUUGUGAA